ACAGGUCUGCCGAGCUACCUACUGUUAGGCAUUUUAACAUUGGAUUUGAAUAAGACGCCGCACCGCAAGCCAUCUGUGUCUCUUCCCACAAUGCCAUCACUUCUCAAGAUGUUAUCCUGUCUUUUAUUUGCUUUGGGUGCUCCAAAGGGGAGGGAGUUUCCCCCAUGGUGUUAGUUACAUCCUUCAAUCUUUUGUGACACCUUCUUUAGCUCGGCGGAAGCUUUUUAUAAGCUCGACAAAAGGACAGUAAAAGGUAAAGACCACGCAGCAGGUGAUGGGGGACCCGUGACGCAGCGCGUCCCAUUUUGCCGUGGAAGUGGCGAGGAGAGCGGUCCUACCACAUCUGUCAGCCUCGCCAUCACUAUUGCAAAGAGGAGGGGGCUCAGACGUGAUCCCUGAUGCCGGCCCACCUCAACCACUCUUCUCCUGCCCUCCCAUGACCAGUUCUAUUCUCACAUUCUUCUCUAUUGCGACAGCGAAGUGGCAUCGUGUUCUUGCAUGUUCCCCUAAAGGCUCUACAGAACAACCCACCCUCCUGUUAGACAUUUCAACAUUGCUUUUGCACAAAACGCAGCACCACAAGUCAGCUGUGUCUCUUCCCACUGUGCCAUCACUUCUCAAGGUAAAGACAACGCAGCAGGCUAUGGAGGACCCCUGGCAGAGGGCGUACACUUUUGCCGUCCAAGUGGCGAGGAAGGCCGGCGAGGAAAUUAGGAAAGCCGGCGAGAGCGAAAUCAAGGUGAUGACAAAAAGCUCGACCGUGGACCUCGUCACCAAGACGGACGAGCGGGUGGAGAAGAUCAUCAUCAAGUCCCUCAAAGAUGAGUUUGGAGCUGACACUUACAGCUUCAUCGGCGAGGAGUCGGUGGCGACCGGCAAACCGUGCCUCUUGACCGACAAACCCACGUGGAUCAUCGACCCCGUGGACGGGACCACCAACUUUGUCCACGGGUUCCCAUUCGUGGCCGUGUCUAUCGCUUUUGCGGUUAAAAAGGAGUUGGAGUUCGGCGUGGUGUACAGCUGCUUGGAGGACAAGAUGUACAAAGCCAGGAGAGGGAAAGGCGCUUUCUGCAACAACGAGCCCAUCCAGGUGUCGGACGUGGAAGACAUCCACAAGUCCAUCAUCAUCUCCGAGCACGGGACGGACAGGACCCUGGAAAAGGUCACCAAGAUCUUCUCCACCAUGCAACGGAUCCUCCGCAUCCCAGUGCACGGGCUGCGCGGCUCGGGCACCGCCGCCACCAACAUGUGCCUGGUGGCGUGCGGGGCGGUGGAGGCCUUCUUUGAGAUCGGGAUCCACUGCUGGGACAUCGCGGCGGGGGCGGUGAUCGUGACAGAAGCCGGCGGAAUUCUGCGGGAUGUCGACGGGGGGCCGUUCGACUUGAUGUCCCGGAGGAUGGUGUCGGCAAACAAUGAGGUUAUCGCUAAACGGAUCAUUAAGGAAAUCGAAAUAUUCCCCGUGGAGAGGGACGACGCCGAGCUCAACAAGAAAUGAGAGGAUCCUCGCACACCUUACACACACACACACACACAGAAGACAUUCUGCCCUGUCUUCUACAUUUUCUCACAAUAAAACAAUUACGCUACAAACGA